GCGGUAUGCCAUGGUUAAUAUGUAACGUUCAGAGCACACUUGCACUUUGUAUCCCCAAAUAUUAGAUAGAGCUUUCAGACAUAAUCUUGCUCAAGCUGAAUGUUUUUGCUCCCAAACCUUCUCAGACUCAAACCAUGGCGGUACACAAAAUGAAAAUGGGAUUUAUUUUCAUCAUAAUCUACAUGUGCUUCCUUGAUCCUGUGCACCAAGUACCCUCUCCAAGUGCCACCAUCUCAGAUCUCUCCUUUAAAAAUAUGGACUUUGCCAUUAACCUUUACAGAAGAAUAUCCAGCUACCAUGACAAGAACAUCUUUUUAUCACCUCUGAGCAUCUCUACCAGCUUUGCUGCUCUCGUAGAGGCUUCUGGUGCCCUCACACGCCAGGAACUACUGAAGGGACUUAACUUGGAGCAGCUGGAGCAUGCAGACCAGCCAGAACUUAUCCCAAAACUCUUUCAGCUCCUUAUUGAGAACAUCACACACAAUGGAUCACUGAAACUGGACCAAGGUAUGGCCCUCUUUAUGCACCCACAGUUUCAGGUGGAGAAGAUGUUUGAGGACCAGAUCAAGAGGUUUUUUGACGCUGACAUCAAAAAUGUAGACUUCAGUGACACAAAAGGGAGCAUCGACUUCAUCAAUGAGUAUAUCCAGAAAAAAACUCAGGACAAAGUGACAGACAUGAUGGAUGCCCUGGAUGCAUCGACCCAACUCAUGUUAAUCAACACAAUUUUCUUCCAAGGAGCAUGGCAGAUCCCUUUUAACUCCAAUUUAACUACAAAUGCCCCCUUCUACAUCGACAACUAUAGUGUUGUUCAAGUGCCAAUGAUGUUUAUAGAGGACAAGUUCUACAUGAUGGAAGAUGUUCCUCUUGGUGCCAAAGUGUUGAAGCUACCAUACGAGGAAGGUGUUUCCAUGCUUAUCCUUCUACCCAACAAAGGCGUAGACUACACUGUAAUUGAUGAUGAGAUCUCUGCUGAGAGGUUUCUCAGCUGGGUCAAAAAACUGUACAGAACCAAGCUGGAAGUCAACAUGCCCAAAUUCAAGAUGGAGCAGUCGUACCUCCUCCACAAAAUUCUACCAGGUAUGGGCAUGGCCAGUGUCUUCAGUAAUUCAGCCAAUCUGACAAAGAUGAGCAAGGAUGCAGGUCUCAAGGUGUCAGAGGUGCUGCACAAAGCUGUGAUUGAGGUGGAUGAGACUGGGACCACUGCAGCAGCUUCCACAACAAUUGGCAUUACUCCAUAUUCGUUACCCAGGAUUUUCAGUGUCAACAGACCAUUCUUCUUCUUCAUAUACCAUGAAGCCACAAACUGUCUGCUGUUCAUGGGCAGGGUGAUUGACCCCACCAAAGAAUAGCAGUCAUGACUGGUUUGUUUGAGUUGUGAAGUGAUUGCGCAUGACCAUGUCAUGUUUAUUCAGUCAUUUAAAAGGCUUCAGUGCAUUUUUUUUUAUCUUAAAUUUGGCUUACAAUUCUUGUACCUAUCUUUUCUGUAAGCCUCUAUUGAUAAAGAAUAGAAGUUGGUGUGGCUUUCUUUUGGAUUUGAUCAAAUCAUGUCAGCUCUGGUAUAAUAAUGUGUGCAUACUAAAUGAGUGGUUGGUUUUGUGUGAGUGCCACAACAACUGAAUCAUAAAUAAAUGAACAAAUGACUUAAA